UCUGAUGCAGAGGGACACGCAGUGAGUCCUACACCGACUCUACAACACGCAGUGAGUCCUACACCGACUCUACAACACGCAGUGAGUCCUACACCAACUCUACAACACGCAGUGAGUCCAACACCGACUCUACAACACGCAGUGAGUCCUACACCAACUCUACAACACGCAGUGAGUCCUACACCGACUCUACAACACACAGUGAGUCCAACACCAACUCUACAACACGCAGUGAGUCCAACACCAGCGCUACAACACACAGUGAGUCCAACACCAACUCUACAACACACAGUGAGUCCAACACCAACUCUACAACACGCAGUGAGUCCAACACCAACUCUACAACACGCAGUGAGUCCAACACCAACUCUACAACACACAGUGAGUCCAACACCAACGCUACAACAGACAGUGAGUCCAACACCAACUCUACAACACACAGUGAGUCCAACACCAACUCUACAACACGCAGUGAGUCCAACACCAACUCUACAACGCGCAGUGAGUCCAACACCAACGCUACAACAGACAGUGAGUCCAACACCAACUCUACAACGCGCAGUGAGUCCAACACCAACGCUACAACAGACAGUGAGUCCAACACCGACUCUACAACACACAGUGAGUCCAACACCAACUCUACAACACGCAGUGAGUCCAACACCAGCGCUACAACACACAGUGAGUCCAACACCAACUCUACAACACACAGUGAGUCCAACACCAACGCUACAACAGACAGUGAGUCCAACACCAACUCUACAACACACAGUGAGUCCAACACCAACACCAACUCUACAACACGCAGUGAGUCCAACACCAACUCUACAACGCGCAGUGAGUCCAACACCAACGCUACAACAGACAGUGAGUCCAACACCAACUCUACAACGCGCAGUGAGUCCAACACCAACGCUACAACAGACAGUGAGUCCAACACCGACUCUACAACACACAGUGAGUCCAACACCAACUCUACAACACGCAGUGAGUCCAACACCAACUCUACAACACACAGUGAGUCCAACACCAACUCUACAACACGCAGUGAGUCCAACACCAACUCUACAACACACAGUGAGUCCAACACCGACUCUAAAACACACAGUGAGUCCAACACCAACUCUACAACAGACAGUGAGUCCAACACCAACUCUACAACACACAGUGAGUCCAACACCAACUCUACAACACGCAGUGAGUCCAACACCGACUCUACAACACACAGUGAGUCCAACACCAACUCUACAACAGACAGUGAGUCCAACACCAACUCUACAACACGCAAUGAGUCCAACACCGACUCUACAACACACAGUGAGUCCAACACCAACUCUACAACAGACAGUGAGUCCAACACCAACUCUACAACACACAGUGAGUCCAACACCAGAGAGGAAGACGUCAACAAACCGGGAGGAAAAGGCCCCAGCAGCAGCAGGCUCAGAGCAGAACCCCUGUGAGGUCCGCCACACACAC